AUGCCCAAGCUUCUUUCAAAAGCAGUGCCCAUCGGAGCCAAGUGUCGUGACGGUGUCGCUAGACUUCGCCAACGCCUCUUUCGUCGGCGUAACUUCUCCAGAAUCACAUCAUUUUUGCCGAUUCUCACUUGGCUACCACACUAUGACUGGUCCCACUCGUUUUUCGGCGACCUCUCUGGUGGACUGACGAUGGCCGUCUUCUCGGUGCCGCAAGGUAUUGCUUUGGCUGGAAUUACUGGAGUCCCACCAGUUUAUGGUCUGUACACAGCUAUCUUUCCCUCAUUUCUCUAUAUCUUUUUUGGCACGUCCAAGCAUAAUGCACUGGGUGGAUUUGCUGUUUUAUCUCUAAUGACACACACAGCAAUCGAAAAAGUAAUGAUGAAGACAGCAAUCAGCUACAACACCACUUCAUACGUGAAUCACACCGUAGAGGAAAUAGACUUGACGUUGGACGGUCUCAAUGGGACUACAGUCCUUGGUAAUGGCACCUCGUUGAUAGAAGAAAUCACUACGGAAAUGUGGACAGACGGUGUCAGUCCGGUUAAGGAGAUACACGUCGCUACUACCAUUAUUUUCUUCGCUGGCUGCAUACAGGUUCUCAUGGGUGUAUUUCGACUGCAGUAUCUCACUACAGUUUUCUCGGAACAAGUCAUGUCUGGAUUUGUUGUUGGUGGUGGUGUGCAUGUGUUUUUUGCCCAAAUCGGUGAUGUACUUGGAAUGAAGUUACCGAGAAGAAGUGGUCCUGGAUACUUGUACUAUAGAAUAUGUGAUCUCAUCGAAAAUAUCGGCAAUAUCCAUUAUCCUACCUUAGCUAUUUCCUUGUCAUCAUUGACGUUCUUGAUCUUCGGGAAGGAAUUUAUUUCGCCAUGGCUAAGCACAGCAUUCCACUUCCCGAUUCCCUUUGAUUUAGUUUUGGCUGUUGUUGGAAUCACUGCUACCAAUUAUGCUGAACUGUCACGUCGUUUUCAUAUCAAAGUCUUGGGAAAUAUACCAACUGAGUUUCCGCCCCCAUCAUUGCCUCGUUUCGACCUUAUUCAAUACAUUGGUGUAAACGCUGUCGCGAUUGCACUAACGGCCGUUGCAAUUCACUUGACUGUUGCAAAAAUCGUCGAAAAGCGCUACAAAUACAAAAUUAACCAUGGCCAGGAGUUAUAUGCGCUCGGAUUCGUCGGUGUUUUGUCGUCGUUUUUCCCCGUAUUCCCAGUUACAUCUGGAUUUGCUCGGAGUGUUGUUGGAGCUGCUGUUGGUAGUAGUACACAGCUGACCUGCCUUUUCUCGUCGUUAGCCUUGGUUCUGGUCAUACUAUACAUUGGACCUGCUCUGGAGUAUCUGCCUAAGUGUAUUCUGUCAACUAUGAUCAUUGUUUCGCAGAGAGCAAUGUUCGCGAAAUUUGCCGAGCUCAGAGAACUUUGGCCCGUGUUCAAAGUCGAUUUUACUAUAUGGUUGAUGAGCAUGAUAUUGACUGUGUGCUUUGAUAUGGGAGAAGGCCUUCUACUCGCAACAGGAUUUGCUGUGCUGACUACGAUAAUACGAAUGCAAAGGCCCAAAUGGCACUUCCUUUCUCGCGAUUCUGACUCCGACAGUUUCAAAGAGACAAAAAAGAAACACUUGGAAUUUGUGGGAGGAAAUGUUUGUGUAUUUCGCAUGGAUGCACCGCUAAUCUUCACGAGUAUUGAUCGAUUUACAACGGCAGUAUGGCAAUCCGUGAAGACCUUCGAACGUUCAAAGGCCGAAUCCUUCGUAACUAUCGAUCAAAUGAACUCCGCUAAUACAGAUGAUAUUUUUGAAAAGAAGGCAAGAGCAGCUUAUAAAGGUAUAGCAAAUGAAGACCGAUGUCGACUGGUCAUUGAUUGCAGUGGAUUCCCUUACGUGGACUAUCUUGGCCUGACGACGUUGAAAACGGUCGUGGCCGAUCUCAUCGCAGCUAAUAUUCAAACUUACUUGGUAGUACAAAAAGGAGACCUGAGAAAGUUGUUCGAAGUUACCGACUUCUAUGAAACUGUCGAAAGAGAACGAAUUUUCGAGAAGUUGGACCAGGCAGUAAAGCAAGCUGAAGAAAGGUAA